AUGCUUGGAGUAGGAGCUACUAGGAAAGGCAUGCAGGCUAUCUGGUUGGUGCUAUCGUUGUUGGUGGCUAUUGCAUUGGGGAAUUCAGAUAUUGAUGCACUCCUUGAAUUUAAAAAAAGUAUUCAGAAUGAUCCUUCUGGAUUAGUUUUUAAUUCUUGGAAUUCCAAGUCUCUAGAGUCGGAUGGAUGUCCCAGGAACUGGUAUGGAAUAUGGUGUAGUGAAGGCAGUGUUAUAUCAAUCACUCUGGAUAAUGCUGGUUUGGUUGGUGAGUUUAAUUUUCAUGCAAUUAGUGGCCUUACAACGCUUCGCAAUUUGUCAGCUGUGAACAACCAGUUCACAGGAGAGCUCUUACAUGCUGCAACAAUGGAAUCACUGGAAUAUCUUGAUUUGUCCCUCAACAAGUUUAAUGGACCAUUACUCUCUAACUUUGUUCAGUCGCGCAAGUUAAUAUAUCUGAAUCUUUCUUCUAAUGAACUUGGAGGCUCUCUUCCUAUUGAGUUUAACAAACUUGAGCGGUUGAAGUAUUUAGAUUUGCACAUGAAUAACUUUUCCGGGGAUAUUAUGCAUAUCUUUUAUCAGAUGAGCAGUGUGCUAUAUGUUGACUUAAGCAGCAACAUGUUCUCUGGUGCACUGGAUUUGGGACUUGUAGAUGAAUCUUUUCUGUCCUCAAUUCAAUAUUUAAAUGUUAGCCAUAAUUCCUUGAGUGGUGAGUUAUUUGCACAUGAUGGUAUGCCAUACCUUGACAGUUUAGAGGUCUUUGAUGCUAGUAAUAAUCAGUUAGAGGGUAAUAUACCUUCCUUCACUUUUGUGGUAUCUCUUCGGAUUCUUCGACUUGCAUUCAACCAGCUGACUGGUCUGCUGCCAGAAGCUCUACUGAAGGAAAGUUCAAUGAUGUUGUCUGAACUGGAUCUUAGUCAAAACAAGCUUCAAGGUCCCAUUGGAAUUAUUACCUCGGUGACUCUGAGGAAGCUUAAUUUAUCUUCAAACAAAUUGUCUGGCCCCUUACCUCUGAGGGUAGGCCACUGUGCCAUCAUAGAUUUGAGUAAUAACACUCUAUCAGGUAAUAUCUCAAGGAUUGGGUAUUGGGGUAAUUAUGUGGAAGUUGUUGAGCUAAGUACCAACUCAUUGAUAGGAAUGCUGCCAAACGAAACUUCUCAAUUUUUAAGGUUAACUGAACUUAAGGCAUCCAAUAACUUAUUGGAGGGCUUCCUUCCACCAAUUUUGGGAACAUAUCCAGAGCUAAAGGAGAUUGAUCUUAGCCUCAACCAGCUUUCUGGAUUCCUCCUACCAAGCUUUUUUGCCUCUACCAAAUUGAUUAAUCUUAAUCUCUCCAACAAUAGGUUCUCUGGAUCAAUUCCUAUUCAAUUUCAACCAUCAAAUACUACAUUAGUUUCUAAUGAAAAUGUUAGUCUGGUGUUUCUUGAUCUUUCACACAACAACUUGAGUGGGACUCUUCCUUCAAAUAUGAGUAGGCUUCACAAUUUGGCAUAUCUCAAUUUAUGCAGCAAUAAAUUGGAAGGUACUAUCCCUGAUGACCUUCCAGAUGAGUUGAGAGUAUUAAAUGUGUCCCUCAAUAAUUUUUCUGGUGUUGUACCAGAAAACUUAAAGCAGUUUCCCGAAUCGGCAUUUUAUCCAGGAAAUACUAUGUUGGUGUUUCCACAUUCACAAUCAUCACCAAAAGAUACUUCCAACCUAGGUUUGAGGGAACAUCGGUUACAUAAAAAGUCUGCCACUAGGAUUGCCCUGAUUGCAUGUGUGAUUGCUGGUGCUUUUGUGAUGGCUUUUGUGGGCAUAAUAAUUUAUUAUAGGGUUCAUCACGAAAAAGUAAGGACUUCUAAACAAAAUGAAUCAAGAGGCAUCACUCAAGAGAGUAUUUUCACAUCAAAUCUAGUGGCACCUUACAGAAAUUUGGAAGGAUUACCACCUUCUCAAAGGGACUCUUCUAAUGCUGCAAGAAACAUUCAUCCAGUGGGAAAGAAACCUAUGGAUGUUGGCCCUGGUGAAUUAGGUAAGGAUGAGGAAGGAAUGUAUUCCCCAAUGUCUAUUUUGUCACCUUCAAAUCCUUCAUCUUCUAAAAGCCAUCAGUUUGAGAAUCAUGGUUCUCUCCAAGUAUCCUCUCCAGAUAAACUGGUUGGAGAUUUGCAUAUAUUUGAUGGGUCCUUGGUGCUGACUGCGGAAGAACUUUCAUGUGCUCCAGCAGAAGUUAUUGGCAGGAGCUGUCAUGGAACGCUAUACAAAGCUACACUUAACUCUGGUCAUGCAUUGGCUGUCAAAUGGUUAAGAGAAGGAAUAACCAAAGGAAAAAAGGAGUUGGCAAGGGAAAUAAAGAAACUUGGGACAAUCAAACAUCCAAACCUGGUUUCUAUCCAGGGUUACUACCUGGGGCCAAAGGAACAUGAGAAACUGAUCAUAUCAAAUUACAUGAAUGCACAAUCAUUGGACAUUUAUCUCCAUGAAGUAGAUAAAACAAAUCUCCACCCUUUGUCUCUUGAUGAAAGGCUGAGGGUGGCUAUGGAGGUGGCUCUAUGUCUGCAUUUCUUACACGAUGAGAAAGCCAUACCUCAUGGCAAUCUCAAAUCCACAAACAUUUUGCUAGAAACUCCCAACAGAAAUGUCCUCCUCACAGACUACAGCCUGCACAGGAUACUCACUGCUGCAGGUACUACCGAGCAAGUUCUGAAUGCCGGUGCACUUGGUUACCGGCCACCGGAGUUUGCUAGAUCAAGCAAACCAUGCCCUUCAUUGACAAGUGAUGUCUAUGCAUUUGGAGUGGUCUUGUUAGAGCUCCUAACAGGAAGAAAUUCUGGAGAAAUAGUUUCUGGGAUUCCAGGGGUGGUUGACCUCACUGAUUGGGUGAGGUUUUUGGCUGAACAAGACCGUUCAAGCCAGUGCUUUGAUUGGUCUCUCGUAGACAAGCGUAAUGGGGAGAGAACCUCUAAAAUUCUUGAUGAUAUGCUAAAGGUGGCUCUUAGAUGCAUCCUUCCAGCAUCUGAUAGGCCUGACAUGAAAACCGUGUUUGAUGAUCUCUCAACAAUAAGGUAG